CGCCUCCCUUGAGAAGAGAAGCCGCAGCCCCUGCAGGACGGGGGCCGGCGUCGCUAUGGGUUCCACCGCAGCCCCGGAGGGAGCGCUAGGCUAUGUCCGCGAGUUCACUCGCCACUCCUCCGACGUACUCGGCAAUCUGAAUGAGCUGCGCCUGCGCGGGAUACUCACUGACGUCACGCUGCUGGUUGGCGGGCAACCCCUCCGAGCGCACAAGGCGGUUCUUAUCGCCUGCAGUGGCUUCUUCUAUUCAAUUUUCCGGGGCCGUGCUGGAGUGGGGGUGGAUGUGCUCUCCCUGCCUGGGGGUCCCGAAGCUGGAGGCUUUGCUCCCCUUCUGGACUUCAUGUACACUUCGCGCCUGCGCCUCUCUCCGGCCACCGCCCCAGCUGUCCUUGCAGCUGCCACCUACUUGCAGAUGGAACAUGUGGUCCAGGCAUGCCACCGCUUUAUCCAGGCCAGCUAUGAACCUCUGGGCAUCUCCCUGCGUCCCUUGGAAACAGAGCCCCCCACACCUCCGACGGCCCCUCCUCCAGGCAGUCCCAGGCGCUCUGAAGGGCACCCAGACCCACCUACUGAGUCUCGCAGCUGCAGUCAAGGUCCCCCCAGUCCAGACCCUAAGGCCUGCAACUGGAAGAAGUAUAAGUUCAUCGUGCUAAACUCUCAGGCCUCUCAAGCAGGAAGCCUGGUGGGAGAGAGGAGUUCUGGUCAACCUUACCCCCAAGCCAGGCUCCCCAGUGGAGAUGAGGCCUCCAGCAGCAGCAGCAGUGAAGAAGGACCCAUUCCUGGUCCCCAGAGCAGGCUCUCUCUAACUGCUGCCACCAUACAGUUCAAAUCUGGGACUUCAGCCAAUACCCCCCAUCUCCUCACACCCCUGGCUCAAGAGACCACUGGAUCACCCUCUGAGCGGGCUCGUCCACCACCAGGAAGAGAUUUUGUCAGCUGCCAGAAUUGUGAGGCAAUGGCUGGGUGUUCAUCGGGGCUGGACCCCUUGGUUCCUGGGGAGGAGGACAAGCCCUACAAGUGUCAGCUCUGUCACUCUGCCUUCCGCUACAAGGGCAACCUCUCCAGUCACCGCACUGUGCACACAGGAGAGAAGCCCUACCACUGCUCCAUCUGCGGAGCCCGCUUUAACCGGCCUGCGAACCUGAAGACGCACAGCCGCAUCCAUUCGGGAGAGAAGCCCUAUAAGUGUGAGACGUGUGGCUCGCGCUUUGUCCAGGUAGCGCAUCUGCGCGCGCACGUGCUGAUCCACACUGGGGAGAAACCCUAUCCUUGCCCCACCUGCGGGACGCGCUUCCGCCACCUGCAAACCCUCAAGAGCCACGUUCGCAUCCACACGGGAGAGAAGCCUUACCACUGCGACCCCUGUGGCCUGCAUUUCCGGCACAAGAGUCAACUGCGGCUGCAUCUGCGCCAGAAACACGGGGCUGCCACCAACACCAAAGUGCACUACCACAUUCUGGGGGGGCCUAGCUGAGGCGGGCCCAGGCUCCAUUUGCCUCCUGGGAACCAAGAUGCUGUGGGCCCAGGCCUGGCUUCUUCCAGGUCACACUUGGGCAUGGGAGUGUGCCAGGCCCCAGCAGUAUCAGAAAUUGCCACUACCUUGAUUUAUUACCGGGAAGAGCUGGGGUGGCAGGUCCCGCCUAGAUCUGCCUCUGUUUUGCUGGCCAAAACCUCUUCCCCACAAUCAAAAUUGUCUCUGAGGAGAGAGCAAGCUUGGGGCUAGGAGAGGGGAGAGACUGGAGACCUGGUUGCCUUAAGGGAACGGCCCUCAGCCUGCACCCCCAUCUCAUUCAGUUUAUGUGUAAAUAUAAUUUAUUGAGGCCUUUGGGAGGCACCAGGGCCUUCAUUCUAUUGCAUUUCCCAGUUCCUUUUCCACAAGUGUGAUCAAAAGUGACCCAAAACA